AUAACCUAUACACGCACUGGUUAUAUUUUUUUGUAUAUCUUCUGCGAGAGUAGUACACUUUUGUGUGUAUGUAUGCGUAUGAUGUCGUGCCUGACCAAGCCACAGCAGUACAAGUACCUGAGCUGCGAUGCCAAAGAAAAAUCAUGCUGUUCUGCGGACGAUGAGGAUGGAAAUGAUUUUGAUUUUCAGCAUGUUCCUGUGAAAGAAUUCAAACACGUAGUUCGUGAUGUGCAGAGACAAAGAAAUCAAAAUAAAGAAGAAGUUAUUUGGACGACUUUUUUAAAAGAGCAAGAGCACAUAAAAUCAAUUCAACAGGAUUAUGCUGACAACAAACCAAAGUACAAAUCUACUCGUACACUGGCUGAAAGCUUGGAAGAAGUUGACAGAGAGCUGAUGAGACUAGAAUCUGAUUCAUUGCUGGAAUCACGGCUUAGAACCGAAAUAAAUAAUUUUCAGGAGAAACAUUCAAGUAAAUCUUUAAAAAAGGACUCGCCACCAACGAAAGACAAUGAUACUGGUAGUAACAAUUUUUUAUUGGCCAUUCCAGAAGAAGAAAAUUGCUAUCAUGCUGUAGGAUCAUCAGAUUCUCAUAGGCCAAAUUUUACUGACAUAAGAAAAUCUUGUUCGGCACGAACUUUCAAAAAUGAUAGGGUUCAAUGCAGAUGUUACCAUUACAACAGUGACUUGAAUUAUCAUUCUAGUCCUGAUAUAAGCCCAGAUAGAUUCAGCAAUGAUGAUGACGACUCGAUUCCUGUUCAUCCGGAUCCCGUUGCUGUAUCCAAAAUAUUAGCCCUUCAAAAAAAAAUUUCCGUUGUUCUGGAUUCUAUAUUAUUCGAGCUUGACAGAAUUCCCCUGCCAGAUGGAGAAAAUGAUUUACUCAGAAGGCAGCAACGUGUGGCGGAGUUUUCUACCAGACUGUCUAGAAACUAUUUGUAUGAUCUCAGUAGGCAAAUUUCCGACAUUCAAAGGCAUAUCAAAGCCACAGCUCCAGACAGCAAUUUUCGACUAAGUAGAAGAGCAGUCAUAAUGCAUAUGCAAGCCAUUGAACAAAAACUGAUUGGUGCUCAUCAGCUACUGUUAACUGCCUUGAGUGCUUAUUGGAAGCACAUUCCAAGUUCAGUGAUGAAAAAUCAUCCUGGAAAACUCAAAAACAUACUUCAAGUCGUGGUGCAGCUCAAAAACAUUUGUUUGGACAUUCAACUUACCUCUGACAUCUAUUGUUCAGGGGAUGACAGAGAUACAUUCUUGGGUACAGAGACGGAAAAUCGAUGCAUCGCGAUCUUAUCAAAAUUUCGACCGAAUUCCGGUAAUUGUGCCGAGUCCCAAGUGCCCAGUCAUUCUGCCAAAUCAACAAUCGCAACACCGUCGCGAGUUAACAAGAAGCGAAAUCGAAAAACAGCGGCUAAUCGAUAUAAUAUGUAUACAACGGACAUGAAAUUAGCUAAAGCCUAUCUGCCCAAGCAUACUCGCAACAUGUUCCAAGUGCCAAGAAGACACAGUCAAGCGUCAGGAAAACAAUCCGGGAAUGUCUUAUUUAAAAAAUCAAAUACCCAGCCUGCUGCAAAAUCAUCCUGCGAAGCGUUGGGAAUGAAAGUUAACAAAAUUAAUGUGCCUGUGAAGGAAGAUGAGAUACAAACUAUGAUGGAGACCGUUCAGCAGGACUUAGAUGCAGAAAGCCUCAUAUCAAUAAAAUUAAGUAGAAAAUAUGAAAUUUCUAAUGAACAAUUGCACAAAAAGGAUGAUAACUCAAAAAUAACCAAAGAAUAUCAAAAAGUGCGGAAAAGUAGGAUAAAUAAUGAAAACGAAAUCGAAAGAAAUGAGAGAGAAAAAGGGUUUUCAUUCCUUCUGCCCAUGGUAGAAAACUUGUUGUCGUUGGUUGAAAGUGAUCCAGAUAAUACAAAAACAAUCCCAAAAAAUUCAAUGAAAAAAAUUUACGAGUAUCUUCAGUUGUGUCAACCCAAAACAAAUUCUUCUAAAUCUAAUCGAUACGAAGCCAAAGAUGAAACCAUAAGUGGUGAAAAAAAUAUGCGGUUAAUCUCUUACCGCGCCAACGAAGAUGAUGAAAAGAAAUUAACAAAUUUUGAAGGUUUUGAUGCUUCUACAAAAUACAAUAAUGCAAGCUGUCAAGCUAAUCACUUGAAUAACGAUGCAGUAUUUGAGUUACUGUUAUCUGAAUCGACAGUAUCACACCUAGUCAAUUAUCGAAAAGAAUAUCACUGCACGUUGGAGUCUUAUCCCAUGUAUACUAGCACAACUCAAAAUAAACCUUGGGACAUUGUUUCUUGGAUUGCAGACAAACUCCUUGAUGAACUAAUUGCACAGCUUGCAGACGAUUUUCAAAUGGACGAUGUGAUUCAAAAAUUAUUCGAUUUAGAAUUCCAAGAACUCUAGUCUCAUGCGUUUGGCAAAAUGGCAUUUUUAAAUGAACACCGAUUUUUUAUAUUGAUAUUUUUACAUUA